AUGAAGUUUGUUAUAUUUGUUGUAGUUGGUCUUGCUUUGGCAGCUCCACUUUCAGGAGAUUUGGCUUAGUUGUCUCUUUUGUAAACACCCAAAGAGGAGGUGUUAGAACAAUUGGGCGAUUUGUUGAGCGAAUUACGAAAAGAAUAAACGAUGGAUGAUACUUAACUUGCUCAAACUAAUGCGAAGUUCGAAGCUGAUAUAUUAAUAUCCUAAUCCUAACUAGAAGCUCAAGUGAACUAAUUAAAAGCAACAAACACCUUAAUUGGAGAUUUGAGCGAAGAAAUCUACUCAAUCUCUAAAACCUAUGCUAAUUUGAAUUAACAAUUAUCAGAUUUAGGGGCUAGAGACACCUAAUUAAGAGAUUCAUUAGCAAAUGAAGGAGCUGCUUUUGAAAACGAAUCCUCAUAAGCAAGAAGAUCAAUUAAUGGUCUUACAUAGAUCAUAUCCAAAUUGACAGAUGCUGUCUUGUCUCAAUAAUCAUUAAUUGAAAAAUAAGAAAUAGUGAAUGUGAUGAAAUAAGAAUUGGGAUCAAAGCAUCCAAUUGCAUUAUUGGUAGAAGUCACUUCAAAGUUUGAUAAAGCCACAGUCUAAAACAUCAUCCUUAAGUUGGAACACAUUCAAUCAUAAUAAGAAUAACAAUUGAUACAAUCAGAACAAAAUUGGACCGUGUAAUAAUAGACAUAUUAAACUCUACUCAAUGAAAUUUCAGAAGUAUCCAAAAAAUUGAGUUUUGAUGCUUCCACCGCCAAGACUUCAAUUGCCAAGAAAUCAAAUGAAAAAGUCACUGCAGAAAAAAGAAAGGCUUAACUUGAGACCACCAUCCCCUAAACUGAAUAAGUGUUGACCAACCUUAAAUAAUAAUAAGAUUAGUAUAAUUUGGCAUAUUCUGCAAGAAAACAAAAGAGAACUUAAGAAGUUGAAACCUUAAAGAGCGCUUUUGAGUUGCUAGAAAAAAAAUUAAGAUGAUGGCCAUAUAUAUUCAAUUUAAAUAUUAUAUUGUUAUGAUCUUGUUGA